ACAAAUUUAAUGGGGAAGUUUUCCCUUUAUGUCCUUGUCAGGCUUUGUAUUUGCUUUUCGUUAGGAUGUAGUAUUCCUACUUUCUUUACUGUUCUAAUUUAGUACUUUUGUCUUGAUGAAUUGUGAAAUUCAUAAUAAGUUACUUCUGAGAGGUUCAGAGUAAGAAGUUGCGAAUUAGCUUUAGAGGUUACCUGUGAGGAAGCUUGUUUUUGGUGAAAUAUUGUUAAUAAUGGGUAUGAGUUUCCUCAAAAAUCAAGAGGAAAAUGGAAGUGAUCAAAAAACCACGAAAUAUAUUCUGAGUUCAAGUUCUGCUGUCAACUUGUCAAUAAGGAGUUUUAUUUUGGCUAAAACUAUUAAUAAGCUGAAUCGUAAAUUUCAACCUGAAGCUAUGCAGCAAAAGCCUCGGCCUGCUCUGGAGAAGAUUCCACUCCCAAGACAACUUCACGCUAUUCAUCAGCCACGCAAAUGCUGAUUUCAAGAGAUCAAUUCUACACCCUUUGACAGACACCGUGCAAACUGAAGAAAACAAUGAUGCAUUUUCAUUUCAAAUACUAGUCUCUUCCAUAGCUACAUAAUGCAAUGUGAUUCCUUCCCCAUAUCUUAAACUGCUAGAAACCUUCCUGAUCAAAUGAAAUAUUAGUUCAAUAUAUCUAUUAGUGUACCAGAUUUGUCAUUGGUGUCUCCAGGGUUAAAUUUGACUAUUCAACGUGAUCUUCAAUAAGUAAGACAGCAGAUACAAAUGAAUUUGUUCUUGGUCUUUUGUCCUUUCUUUAUCAUAAGAUAAAUGUGUAAGUAGUCCCACAACAGUAGAAACUUAAUGAUUAUUUCAAAAUGUUGCAUCCCCCUUGAAUAGAAGGGACUAAAAUGGCGACUUGUGCAGUGUCAUAGGUUAAACACUGCAGUCCUUCUAUCUGCUCUGCAUUGGUAAUAAACUUUUCUUGCAUUCACAA